AGAAGCUGGGAUCAAUAUAUUAAUUAUAUUGGAAUCUAUUUCCAGGUAAUUCGCCCGGCUCACGCCGUAAUAUCUGGCGAACGAGAUGGCUACUCCUCCCACGGAUUUUGCUGGAUUUGUUAAAGCAAUCGAGGCACUCAUCGAGACAAAGAUCACCAAUGUGACUACGUCACCGUCCACAUCCGGAACACCACGUGCACCUGCUGAGGUAUCUGUCGAUGCUCUUGCAAGGUCGAUUACUGCCUUCACUUAUGCUCCAGACAGUAAUCUUACCUUUGAGAAUUGGUAUCAGCGAUAUAAGUCUACGAUUCUCGAGGACGGAAGGAAUCUAGAUGACGAUGCACGUGUGAGAUUACUUCUCCGGCGUUUGGAUAACCAAGCCUACACGAGGUAUGCCAAUAUUCUCCGACCACGUGAACCAACCUCAUUGUCUUACAAUGAAACUGUUGAGAGACUCACGAAGCUUUUUGGACGUGGAGAAUCUCUGUUCAGCCUCCGCCGUCGAUGUCUCCAGCUCGUGAUGAAUGAAUCUGAUGAUUGGGCUACUCACGGGGGCAUUGUGAAUAGUAUUUGUGAGGAUUUCCGGAUUGCGGAGUGCACACCAGACCAUUUUAAAGCACUCAUUUUCUGCACUAGUAUACAGAGUGAUAAGCAUUUGUUCGUGCGUGAACAGCUACUGGCUAAGCUUGAGACUGAAGCACCUGAUAAAAUAAACGUGGAUUAUCUCAUCGAUGAGGCAAGACGUUUGAGCAAUGUCAAGAAGGAUGCCAGGUUGGACAUGGCACCCGCCACUGUCAAUGCAGUUCGCAAAAGCGCCCUUUCUGGCAAGAAAGAUCGCCCUGCACGCCCGUGCUACCUGUGUGGAGCUAUGCAUUUCGUCAGGGAAUGUACGUAUGCUAAUUCCAAGUGCCUGGAAUGCAACAGAGUGGGUCAUAAGUCUGGAUAUUGCCCACCCACACAGAAGGAUGAUAAAUUACAGGAAUCUGGGAAGAAGAAGAAGUUUGUGAAGAAGAAGAAGAAGCAAACCGCACAUACAAAUGCUAUCUUCGGUUCACAACGACACUCAAGACGAUACCUAUCACCGUUCCUCAAUGGACAACGGGUAGAGUUCCAGCUGGACUGUGCUGCAGAUGUCUCGGUGAUUUCGAAGUCGACCUGGGAACGUCUUGGGCAACCUGCAUUAGAACCAGCAUCCCUGAACGUGAAGGACGCACAAUCUAAGCCCAUCUCUCUCUUGGGUGAGUUUGAAUGUCGUGAAUCUUUCAUGGGACGAGAGAUUUCUCUCAGAUGUCUCGUAUCUGCUAGUACCAGAGACAAUUUGUUCGGGAUUGAUUGGAUAGAGGCUUUUGGGCUAUGGGAUAAAGCACCUAGUGCUUACUGCAAUCUUGUACGAAAGGAUUUUGACACUGCAGCCGCCGUAAAAGAAUUGCAAACCUCUUUUCCAACAGUUUUCGAUAAGAAGAUUGGAAUUUGCACCAAGGCUAAGGCGAUAAUUCAUUUAAAGCCUGAAUCAGUGCCAAUUUUCCGCCCAAAAAGACCCGUGGCAUUCCACAUUGUGCCCACAAUUGAUGAAGAGCUUCAACGACUCCAAGCCUCCGGCAUCAUCACACCUGUGGAGUAUUCGGCCUGGGCUGCGCCGAUUGUGGUAGCCAAGAAACCUAACGGUUCUAUUCGCAUAUGUGGUGACUACUCUACUGGAUUGAACGACGCAGUGGAAAUGAAUAAUCACCCCAUUCCAGAUCCGGACAGUCUUUUUACUCAACUGGCUAACAAGACUGUCUACUCUCAUAUUGACUUGUCGGACGCCUACCUGCAAAUACCCUGUGACGAAGCUUCCAGCCAUCUGUUGACGAUCAAUACUCCAAGAGGACUUUUCAAGUUCAACAGACUGCCUCCAGGGAUACGCAGCGCCCCAGGAAUUUUCCAGGAGAUUGUCGAGCGAAUGCUCCAAGGGAUUCCGGGAGUGGUGGCAUAUUUUGACGACAUCUGCGUGGCAUCCGCAGACAGUGAAGAGCACCUUGCAACAUUGAAAUUAGUUUUUAAACGUUUAGAGGAAUUUAAUUUCAAAGUUCGCUUCGAAAAAUGUAAGUUCUUUGCAGAGUCAAUAAAAUUUCUUGGUAUCAUAACAGAUAAAAAUGGUCUUCGCCCUGACCCAGACAAGACAGAAGCCAUUAGACAGAUGCCACCUCCGCAAAAUGUUCAGGAACUUAGAAGUUACCUGGGCGCCCUACAGUUUUGGGGAAAGUUUGUGCCAUCGAUGAGUGAACUUCGCGCUCCGCUCGAUCGGCUACUGAAAAACGGAGUAUCUUGGAAAUGGAGCAAGGCAUGUCAAGAUUCCUUCCGACGUUUUAAGGAAAUCUUGGGCUCUGAACUUCUCUUGACACACUAUGACCCGAAAAUGCCUAUCCUGAUCGCAUCGGAUGCAUCUUCUUAUGCUAUUGGCUGUGUUGCGUAUCACGAGUAUCCUGAUGGAAGUCGCAAAGCAUUUUACCACGCAUCCAGAAGGCUCACUGACACCGAAAGUCGAUAUAGCCAAAUCGAGAAGGAAGCCCUAGGCAUUGUCUUUGCAGUCAAGAAGUUCCAUAGAUUUGUUUUUGGCCGGCAGUUCACACUGCUCACCGACCAUAAACCCCUGCUCUCAAUUUUCGGCAGUAAAAAGGGAAUACCGGUACACACUGCAAAUCGUCUGCAGAGGUGGGCUCUCACGCUACUUGGGUACAAUUUUACCAUCCGGUAUAUCUCUACAGAGAGUUUUGGCCACGCUGAUGUACUCUCACGGCUGAUUUCAUCUCAACAACGUCAAACAGAUGAGGUUAUAAUCGCUGAGAUUCAAGCUGAAGAGAUCUACGAUGACAUUGUGAUGCAGGAAGCGCUCUCAGUUCUCCCUGUGACCUUCAACAUGGUAAAAAGAGCUACAAAAUCAUCACCCGUGCUUCAGGAAGUCAUCAAGUACAUCAAGGGAGGUUGGCCAAACUCAGCAAAAUCGAUCAAGACAAGGGAAGUAUCACAAUUAUAUAGAAUUCGAGAUGCUUUGUCUCUGAUCAAAGAUGUUGUAUUUUACAGGGAACGGCUGCUUGUGCCUGACCAAUUCCGAGCCAAGAUCCUUGUGCAACUUCACCAAGCCCAUCCUGGCAUGGCCCGGAUGAAAGCUCUGGCUCGUAGCUACGUAUUCUGGCCUGGAAUAGACACGGAUAUCGAACACAAGGUUAGGAAUUGCGUCGAUUGUGCCACAGCUGACCGCACCCCUGUAAAAACUCAUCUUUCCUCCUGGCCACUUUCAUCGUAUCCUUGGCAUCGCAUACACAUGGACUAUGCCAAAUACAAGGGCGAAAAUUUUUUUCUUGUGGUGGACUCUUACUCGAAAUGGCCAGAGAUCUUCAAAACCUCCUCUACAACCACUUCACUGACCAUUGCCAAGCUCACGGAGAUAUUUGCGCGCCAUGGUAUCCCGGAGACGCUUGUGAGUGACAAUGGGACCCAAUUUACCAACUCAGAGUUCCAGAAAUUCUGUGAAGUGAAUGGUAUUGCUCACAUCAGGACUAGUCCAUACUCACCGGCAAGCAACGGCCAAUGCGAAAGACUGGUGGGCACCCUAAAACAUGCAUUGGAAAAGCAGAGUUCUUCUGGCUCCAUUGAGUCAUCCCUACAACGAUUUCUGGCUACCUAUCGUGUUACCCCUAACGAUAGCGCUCCAGAAGGGAAGUCUCCUGCAGAAUUGAUGUAUGGUCGAAAAACUCGAACAAUUUUCGAUCUCUUGAGACAUCGCCCUGAAGAACCUGUGCGCCGCAACGAGAAGAUGGAGGAGCAAUACAAUAGACGUCACGGUACGAAGUCAAGGAGCUUUGUGAGGGGGGAGGAAGUGUACGCAAAGAAAUUUGUACAAGGUGGAAAGUUUUAUUGGGUUCCCGGAAAGAUCAUCGAGCGUCGUGGAUCUGUAUCCUACAACGUGAGGCUUUCUGAUGGUGGCAUCAUCAGAUCACACACAAAUCAGCUGAAACGUCGCUACACUGAAGGAAAACCUGAGACGACUUCCCAAGCUUUGCCACUGCCACUCUUUUCAUCAUCUCCUCAGACAUCACUUUCACCAUCACCUUUUUGGUCACCACCACCAUUCCUCGCACCAACUGUGACAUCUCGCUCAUCAGCACAACCUUCCGGUACACAACCUUCGAAAUCUACACCAGUGUCUUCUCUGAACGCAACUCCAGUGCCAGGUGGAUCGAGGACAAGUGAUUCAUCUCCUGACGUGAUCGAAGUGUCAGACUCAGAGCCUGAAUUGUCUGACCAACAGGAUGAUGAAGAUACCACUUUGUUGACGACUCCAGAGCGCCCCUCAGAUCCAACAUACAUUCCACCUCGAGGACAUCCACGGCCUGAAGCACUGACUCCAGUGUAUCGUCGUCUUCGCUCCCGCGUCAGACCAGCAAGGCUCAGCAAUCGCUUCCCUGACGCAGGGCCGUCUCCUUCGAAGAGGGGGAGGUGUUAGAUGGCAGCACAUUUGCCAUCUUUCCGAAAAUCCGAUGACAACCAGGCAAAUGUCACUUGACCAUUCUUCGCUCUACCAAAAACACACCCUAUCUAACCUCUGUGAAUUAAAGUGCAAAUUGAAGUGAAUAAAAGAUCUUUUUCUCAC